AUGUGGUACCCGACUUUCUACCUAAUGGAGGCUCUGUUGGAGUUCAAUAAGGAAUUUCCAAACCCUGAACAGAUGGACUCCAAAUCAUAUCCGCCCAAACCACCUUUUGAGACAAUAGAAGCAGCUGAAAGUUUCUGUCAGGUUGCAAGGCCAAUUUAUCAUGCAAUCAGAGUACUUUCCAAUCCUCGUAUGACUCUCAAUUCAUGUUUCCAUGCACUCUGGAGCGUGAGGGCAGCUCUGCAAGAGUCAUCUGGAAAUAUAUGCAUGGAGCGUGUUCUUGAUAUCGAGGACAUGUUGGAAACUUUUGAUAAACAUUGGAGAAAGGUGUACUUGUGGCUGUCUCUGGCCGUCGUGCUAGAUCCCAGAUAUAAGAUGAGGUUCCUUGAACAUUUCUUUAGACAAGCGUACGGUAAUGGUGCCAGAAUGUACAUCUCUGAAGUGCGGGGAAAGAUUUACGAGCUAUUUAUCCGAUACUCUUGCUGUGCUGAUCAACCAAGCACAAACAACGAUAUGCAGAUGAAUACUCAUGUCAGUGAUCCAUUAGAUGGCACAGGUCAGAAUUACAAUGAACUAGGAGUCAGUGAAGGCUAUCUAAGAGAACUCCAUGUGUACCUAGAUGGAGAGCUCUGCCCUCCAAAUGAUGUCAACUAUCUAAGCAUGGAAGCCUUGUCUCAGGAUGUCCAUUUUAAUAUCCUGAAAUGGUGGAAAGACAAUGCUUCCAUAUAUCCAGCUCUUGCUGCGCUCGCACGCGAUGUCUUAGUAAUACCUGGAUGUGCAGUGUCGGCUGAAUCUGCAUUUGAUAAAAGUGACGAACGUGCGCAUAUGUUCUAUCGACAGCUAAGUCACGAGAUUGUGGAAGCUGUCAUCUGCACUCAGGAUUGGUCCAAGAUUCAGGAAUGA